AUGCAUGAAGAUCAAAUGUGGCUUGAAGAAUGUGUGGAUAAUGAUCCUUGGAAAAAUGUAGAAAUUGCACCAAUGUUUCAAUAUCCUGUUAUGGAAAAUGACUUUUUAUCUGAUGAAAGUAGUCAGACUCCUCCAGAGAAAGAUAUUGCUGCAGCGCUUGUCUUAUUGAAGAUCCGUCAUCGAAUAUCAACUAAAGGUAUUGAUGAUUUAUGUAAACUAUUAAAAAUGUUAAAAAUGUCAAAGGCUCCGAAAAGUUUUUAUCGGAUUAAACGUCUAUUACUACCAAAUCCUUCUGCACCAACUUCUGAAUUUGUUACUUACAUUUGUCCAGUUUGUUGUGAAGCAACAACAUCAUUGGAUCACUGCAGUAACGAGCAUUGUACACAACAUAAACGUUUUCAUGCACCACCUUUGUAUUAUUUACGAAUGCCAAUUCUUCAACAAUUACGAGAAAUUCUUGAUCAUGCACCACCAUUAAAUUUUGAACAACAGCAAGAAAAAUCUGCAUCAAAUAGUGAUGUAAUAAAUGAUAUAUAUGAUGCAGAAGCCUACCGAAAUAUAUUAAAGAAAGAGGCAGGAAAAAAAUUUUUGUCUCUAAUAAUGAACGUAGAUGGUAUUCAAAUUGCUAAAAACUCUAAUUUAUCUCUUUGGAUAUUCACUUUUGUUAUUAACGAAGUCAAACGAAGCGAACGCUUUAGGCUUAAAAACGUCAUUGUAGGCGGUAUUGUAUCAGCUGUAUCAAAGCCCGAUCGUCAUCAGAUGCAAGCAUUGUUAUCACCCAUUGUUAAGGAACUUCUGGUAUUGGAACAAGGUGAAAUUUUUACAGUGAGAGGUCUAAAUGAAAGCUCAAAAUUGCAUCUGAAAACAUUUUUAAUUGCAUCGUGCUGCGAUAAACCGGCACAAAGUUUAGUUCAAGGAAUAAGUGAACCUACCGGAGCGUUUGGCUGCGGGCGUUGUGAACUACAAGGUAAAUUUCUAUGUAUUCAUAAUUUUCUUUUGUUAAUGAAUCGUGUUGCUAUUUUAGGUGAAACAGUGGCUAUCAAAAAGAAUUCACGAAAAAAAAUUCGAGUUUUUCCUCUUAUUCCUGAUCACCAAGGACAACCACGUUUACGUACAAAUAAAACUUACGACAUAUUUAUGAAGGUUUACGCACAAGAACGUUUGUUAAAUCACGUUGAGCUUCGUGAUCGUUUACGAGGUCAUAUAAGUCCUUGUGUUCUUCGAGAGUUGACUUACUUCGAUGUUGGAACUAGUUUUUUAUCAGAUUCGUUGCACAACGUAUAUCAUGGUGUAAUGAAACGCUUACUUCAUCUUUGGUUUAAUAAAAAAUAUAGAAAACAACCAUGGAGUAUUUACUCUAAGUUAAAUGUAGUUGAUCGUUAUUUAUCUUCAAUAAAUUAUCCAUCAACAACUGUUCGUAUACCUCGUUCUUUAUCAAAAUACGAACAGUACAAAGCGAAUGAACUUCGAAGUAUUCUACUAUUUGGUUUUCCUGCUUUAUGUUCCGUCUUACCAUUUCGAUAUGCAAGACAUUUACUUUUACUUGCCGUUUAA